AUGAGGAGUGAUCGUAGUGUUUGCAAAGGGCCCAAGAAAGGUUGUAUAUCUGAAAAUCAUACUAUUGCUAAAGGUGCAUUGCGACUUGGUGUCGAAACGGACAUCGGAGGUACUGCUCGUGUCACUUGGCGCCAUUGGCUAUGCACCACUCCCAAAGUUCUUGCCAAUAUGAGAGAAGCCAUGUCUGAGCCCGAAGAAAUGAGUGGAUUUGAUACUAUCAGGGAAGAGGACCAAGAGCGCAUCCGAGAAGCAUGGGCCGAUGGCGAGCUUCCUAAAGACGAAGAAGAGGCUGAAGGAAAAGGCUCUCAAGGUGAUGAAGAGGAGGAUAGUAAGCAGAAGCCCAUAUCGUCCUCCAAAGAUGCAGAGUCAUCUAAAACAACCGACAAGAAAAACAAUGAAACUAAUAAGCAUGGUACUGAAACCAAGGAAGCCAAGGAAACCAAGGAGAGCGUUGAUACCGAGAAAGACAAGGAAGGAAACGGUGACGAUAAGGAAAAAUUUAGCAAUGGAGCAGCUAAAACGGCACGUAACGACGAAUCAAAGUCUAACAAAAAGUCAAAUGUCAACGAGAAGGAGGAGGAAAGCAAUGCAGAGAAAGCCGAGACUCCCAAACGCAAAGCAUCUACUAAAGCCAAGAAAGUCGAGAAGCCCAAAACUGAGCCUACUCGUCGAUCUACUCGUGUACAAGCAGCAGCAGCUACCAAGGGAGAGUCCGAAUCUGCCAAAGAGCAUAAAUCAUCUGCUUUAAAGCGAAAGGCUUCCAGUUCGGGUACUACAAAGAAAAAAUCCAAGAACUAG